CUUUUUCAGAGAUGCUUGGAGGGGGAAGCAGAGCCAUGAAUCUUGGAACAAAACUGCUCUUGAUAAUGCAAAUGUAGACUUGGUUAAUGCAGACAGACUGUCAACUUCAGCAGUCAGGAGGAGAAGGAGGGAGGGGGAUAAUUCCCCAUCUCAGAGACCAGUGAAAAAUUUCAAUAGAAUGCUUCGACUUCAGAAAUAAGAUCUCUCUGAGCAAGCGGAGGCUUUCCACCUUCCCAGGCAUCUAUGUAGCCCCCAUGCUCUGCAGAGAGAAGUCUGCUCGUUCUGUGCUGUUGAUGAAAACAGGAACCUGUCCUCCUGCCAGCCCUGCGCCUUUGCCUUCCUUGUUUCAGCAGAGGAAGUGUGAGGCCCUUUAGCAACUACAAUUGUGCAGUCUGCUUGAUAACAUGGGCUUUGCCCGCACUCCCUCCCGAGCCUGUGUGGCCCAUUCACCCUGGAGCAGCAGCAGCUGAUGGAGAGCUGGUGAACCUGUGCCUAUUGGCCCUCUGCUGCCGACCCCCAGAAGAGACCAUGUUCUGCAUUUGAAGGUUUCCAGUACUGUCCACAGCCCAGGAAGAGAGAGAGAUGGGAAACAGCAUGAAAUCCACACCUCCACCCACGGAGAGGCCGUUACCCAUCACUGAAGGACUUGAGAGCGACUUCCUGGCUGUGCUAAAUGACUACCCAUCUCCCGACAUCAGCCCCCCGAUAUUCCGGAGAGGAGAGAAACUACGUGUGAUUUCUGAUGAAGGGGGCUGGUGGAAAGCCAUUUCCCUCAGCACUGGCCGAGAAAGUUAUAUUCCAGGGGUAUGUGUGGCCAGAGUGUACCAUGGCUGGCUGUUUGAAGGACUAGGCAGGAGCAAAGCUGAGGAACUGCUGCAACUGCCAGACACAAAGAUUGGUUCUUUCAUGAUCAGAGAAAGUGAAACUAAGAGAGGCUUCUACUCGCUGUCCAUAAGACACAGACAGGUGAAGCAUUACCGCAUCUUCCGCCUGCCAAACAACUGGUACUACAUCUCGCCAAGGCUCACCUUCCAGUGCCUGGAGGACCUGGUGACUCAUUAUUCUGAGGUGGCUGAUGGUCUAUGCUGUGUGCUUACCACACCCUGCCUGGCACAGAAUACACCUGCUCCAACAGCUCAUCCAUCACCUUCCACCCUUGGGUCACCUGUCACCUUGCGCCAGAAGACCUUUGACUGGAAGAGGGCAUCCAGAUUGCAGCAAGAUCCAGAGGGAGCAGAGAACCCACUCGGAGUGGAUGAAUCCCUUUUCAGCUAUGGCCUUCGGGAAAGCAUUGCAUCUUACCUGUCCCUGACUGGGGAUGACACCAGCUCUUUCAACAGGAAGAAGAAGAGUCUCUCCCUAAUCUACAAUGGCAGCAAACGCAAGAGUUCCUUCUUUGCAGCACCCCAGUACUUUGAAGAUUAAUGCCCUACCUGGUUCACAAAAGACAAAGGCUUUGGCUGUGACCUUAUGGAAGCCAGAGUUCUCUAUUCCGUGGUUCUCACCUAGUGUCUUCCAGGAAAUGAGGGAAGUCACACAGAGACUGCCUUUACAUUCUGAUCAGAGGAACUCCUCCCUGUUGUCUGAUCAGGAUUUUGGAACCACAUCAUGUUUGGAUC